UCUGUGCUGCCAGCUCUGGGCUGCACCUUUUCCCCGGAGCCCAGCCCAGCCCAAACAUGCAAAGCUUGUCCAGAAACAUCCUGCCAGCUUUGCCCGCUCAAAGUCACCUUGCCCCAAACCUUCAGCUCCACGCUCCGGACUCACUCGGCAAUCAUUAAUCGGCUUCUCCGUGUUCCCGGCAUGGAAAAAUGCCCCAGCGGGUAACCUUGCCCUGGCAGUCCGACAUGCAGCUGGCCGGCAAGCUGGUCCUCUCCGCCGCCGCUCUGCUCCUCCUGACUUUGGCGUACAGGUUUUAUAAGUCCCGUUCGCUUGCCGGGGGCAAAAUCCCGCUGGUUGAUGCGGGAGGAGAGCAGAGGGAAAACGCUGCCCGGGAUGGGGAUGGGGACAGUGCGGUGGGGCUGCGACGGAGGAGGGUGUUUGGUGGGGAGGGGGGCAGGGAUGGUGGAGACGGACAAGUGAGCGUCCCUGGGACACGGCACACGCCUGCCUGGGGUGAUCAAAAUCUGACGAGGGGUGAGGAGGAGGAGGAGGAGGAAGGAGAGGGGAUGGUUGCUGAACCGGGGCAGGCUCGUGGGAGAGCGGGGAUGGCUGGGAGGGGAAGCGAGCCGGGAAAAAAGCUGGGAAGUGAGGUGGGAUAUAAAUUGAGAAGUGAACCAGGAAUCAAGCUGGAAAGUGAUCCGGGAAGCAAGGCAGGAAGCGAGCUGGGAAGCGAGCUGGCAAGCGAGCCAGGAAGAGAGCUGGGAAGUAAGCUGGCAAGAGGGCCAGGAAGCAAGCUGAGCUCUUAUGACCCUGGGGACGCAGUCAAAACACCGAGCAGGCACAGGGAGGAGGGCACGCUUGCCCCAAGCCCGGGGAUUUGCCCCGGGAUCCUUAAUGUCCAGAUGGCAAGUGAUGGGUUCGCCCAAAGCACAGAGCAGGAUUUGGCCAUUGGAGGCAUGAGGCAUGAGGCUGAGGGGUGCGGGUGGGCGAUCCAGACCCUCAGCGUCACCUCAGACCUGGGUCUAACGAUGACGGCGAGCGACGCAGGGUCGGACGCUUCCUACUCUUUCUCCUCGGUCGCGAAGAUCCAGGUGGAGGAGAACUACAUCGCGGAGCGGCGGGUGAAGGAUGGGGCUGGGCAGCUGGUCCCUGGCCUCAAGGGCAAAGUCUAUGACUACUACGUCCAGUCCACCUCCCAGUCGGUGUCGAAGAAGAGGUCUCUCCCCUACAUCCCUCUGGGAACAUCCCAGUGCCACAGCUUAGAGUGGGUCAAUAAAGAUCUGCCGAGCUUUGCCACCCAAGACCCAGACCCAACAUCAGCAAUGCGGGAUCCCACCACCUCCUCCAUAGUUUCACCACCUAUGGAGAGCUUGGAGAUCUCCCCUGAGCCACUAACUCCUGGCCGCAAGGACAGCAUCCUCCAGAUUGCCGACAGCCCCCACCUCCAGCUGCCCAUGGAGGGUUUUGGGGUCGCGGCGUCAGCCAGCACACUGCUUGCAAACCCUCAGCCAAGGCUGGUGGCUAGUGCUGACCUCUUCCAAAUGCCACCACUCCCCCAUCUGGACCUGGGCAACUGCUACGAGGUUCUCUGCACCGCCAAGGCGCAGAAGCUCGGCCACCUCCAGGAGGCUGCCUAUAAAGUGAUGAGUGACAACUACCUGCAGGUGCUGAAGACACCCUCCAUCUACGGCCAUCUCAAUGCCGGCGAGCGGGAGCUCAUCCUGCAGCAGAGGAUGAAGGGGAAGAUGUACGUGACCGUGGCAGAUGUCAACGUGCAGGAGCCCGGCCUCCACACCAGCCGCCUCUGCUACUACGAUGACGGAGGGGACUGCUGGCAUCACCUCUGCCACAUGCCCCCAGAGGUGGUCUCCCGGGGGUGCGCCAUGUGCAGCAUGUUCAACUACCUCUUCGUGGUGGCCGGCUGUGAGGGCACGGGCCGGAUGCAGAAACCUUCCAACCGUGUCUUCUGCUACGACCCCCUGACCAACAUCUGGAGGGAGAUCUGCCCCUUGAACCAAGCACGGCCGCACUGCAAACUCGUGGCCUUGGACGGCCACCUCUACGCCAUCGGCGGCGAGUGCCUCUACACGGUGGAGCGCUACGACCCCCGGCAGGACCGCUGGACCUUCACCGCACCCCUACCCCACGACACCUUCGCCGUGGCCCACACAGCCACGGUGUGCGAUGGGGAGAUCUACGUGACGGGGGGCACCCUGCGCUCCGUGCUGCUGCGUUACGCCGCCCGCUCGGACAGCUGGAGGGUCAGCCCAGCCGGCAGUAGCAAGGACAGGCUGGCCGAGAUGGUGAGCACCAACGGCUUCAUCUACCGCUUUGACCUCCACCGCAGCGCAGGCAUCAGCGUCUACCGCUGCAGCGCCAAGGCCAAGCUAUGGUAUGAGUGUGCCACCUACGCCGUGCCCAACCCACCCGGCUUCCAGUGCGCCGUGGUGGGAAGCCUGGUCCACUGUGUCGGCCGGCACUUCCACAGACGCUUCUUGGCCGACCACAUCUCACCACGCUUCGGGACCAAGGAGCUGCAGCCUUUCCCAUCGCCGCGCGGCAGCCUCCUCCCAGCCGUCCUGGUGCUGCCGGCGGGAGGGACGGCCCAAACGCAGGUUUGAGGGAUCCGUGCAGGGUUCUCAUGCGACAGCUGGUGAUGGCUCAGAUGCGACACGAUGGGGAAAGCUGGUAGAAGAAGCCACCAGCCCAUAUUGGACCAGGGAGCGUGGGACCAACACUACCAGGGCAGUGUUACCCACACCUACCAUCACACAGACAUCCUCCCGGUCCCCAUCAGAAAGGAUGGAGACAAAAUGCCCUUGGAUACUGCCAGUAAACCCAGCCUCGAAGACACAAGGAAGAGCAAAGCGGGAGCUGGCUGGACUCAUUUGCUUAGAGGUACUUAAACAUAGGCGUGCUAGCUCAGAUGCAAAUAAACCCCGGCUCGCUGCAGGCUCCCAGCUGUGCACUACCCGAUAAGUAGCUGCUUUACACACCGGGUGUUUAAUGUGGUGUUGACCUGCACACACAACACACGGGGGAUUUUAGGGUGGAGGAACACAGCAGGGAGGUUUGAUCCCUAAGGAGGCAUCACCCAAAGGUCAACCCCAUCGGUAUCAAGCCAACAUUGAGCCUUCAGGCUUGACCAUCCACAUCACCCCAUGGUUGGAGGCUAUGGGCCAGAGGGUGCACUGCUCCUACCAGUGCCUUAUCUGUUACCUUCUCCUCAGCACAGAAUUAUAUAUAUAUAUACACUUCUAUGCAUGCGAUGUAAAUAGGCACCAUAGAUUUAUAGACAGCUGGUCUCAGAUGAAAUUAAAAUGAACAUUUGGUAAAAUUAA